GACUUCAAAUAAAAGUUUUUGCCUUGUGCUCUGCGAAAUUCUCAAUCCUCAGUGUUCGGAAUCAUUUCAUCGGGGCGACCCAAGUCAAGUGCAAUAAACCCUCGAAUCGGCUGGGGAGUUUUGCAUUCGGCCACGCCCACAUAAUGCCAUCGCCUCUGUAGCCCGCAGUUAUGAUGUUGCAGUAAGCAGCGAGUAAACUGCAAUUUGCGCACAAAAACUUUGCUUGCGACAAACUUUCCGCCCCAUAUGUCCCUCUCUAUCGCGCCCAGUGCUGACCUCUCUUUCGCUCGCAUUGUUUUUAUCUCUCUCACUCCGCUUAGCAAACGGGCAACAAUUUGAACUGACAAAGUCCGGCGAUAAAAAAAAUGUUUAAGUACUUUAGUUGCGCUCCGAAUGCAUCGCACAAAAGUUUAUUAAACAAACAGGUAACAAUAAAAGUGAAUGGCGUAGAGAAAGGGAGAUAAGAAAACAUGGAUGAUUUACUCAUUCUGUUUUUCUUUUUAACAGAUGUUUCAAUGAAUAACAAAUUUAUAGUUGCCGAUGUUGUGUGGGUCAACGAGGUUUUUAAAUAACUGAAGUGGAAAAGGGACGGUCGUGUAAUAAUAUAUAUAUAGACUAUAGUUUGAAAGCCAAGCAAUUUGUACAAAUGAGCUGAGCAGAAUUUUUGUUUAGGAAAACAUUUUCUUAAAUUCCGUCGGUUAAAAAAAAACGUAUGUAAGGCUACACAGCACAGAAUUGGGAUAAAUAAUUUUUUUCUUAAAGAAAGUUGACAACUCUGCCCCAGCGGUUUUUUAUUUUUUUGAAGAGGGGAGGUGAAGAAAAAUCCCAAAUAAUUGGGUGUCGAAUUGACGAGUUGCUUGUGUUUAGUAAUAAGCCCCUCGUCCACUCACUAUUAACAAUGUACAGUCAUCACCGCUCUCCUGUCGACCUUCGUCCUGUCCACCCCCAAGACCUCCUGGCGCCACGCCCCCUGCGCAUCCCCUCCCACCAAUUGGAUGUACGCCACUCGCAUAAUCAAUUAUGCGUCUGCAGUGCGUCCAAAGUUCUCUCUAAACUUGCACAACUUCCAACGUGUCCCAUUCGCCAUCUCUGUCCCGCUCUCACCGCUGGCGCUCUGGUCACGUGUCUCGCUGCGUGGGAGGGAGCGGGAUGGCAGAUGGGCGGCUGUGGCAAAUUGAAUUUGUCGCGGUGUAUCGCAUAAUUUGGGGAGUAUUGUGCUUCUAAUUGGCCGCUCGAAGGAUUCGUAAAAGUGAAAGCCCCAAGACAUGCGGAAAUUCGAAGGAUCUACUGAUUAGACAGGCUGUGUUCUAAAUUAUCAACGGUAUUGCAUGGGUGUAUAUGCGGUGAAUGCAAAUUGCGUGAGACAACCCUAUUCAAAUGGACCGCAUUGUGUUCUUGGCGCCUGUAGACUUGGAUAUUCCGGGACAUUUCGGUUGUCCUUGCCAGAAAAGCAGUUCGCAUUCAAACGGGGAAUUUACAAUUUUUUAACUAGCCUAGUAGUCAACAUUUACACACAGAAAUUCUAAAAUUAUAUGUGUCCAAAAUGCAAAUGGUAUUAAUUGAUAAUACCGCCAAUUGCGAUGAAUUGCCAAUGAAACCGCAACUCAAAGAGCUCAGUUUAGAAGAGAAGGUGCGACUCUCCAGGCUGUCCAGCGAAUUGCACCAGAAGAUGGUGUCACCGGUGGGCAACGCACGUGUGGACCGCAUCAUCAAGCUGCCGGUGGUAGAAGCGCUAAUAGAGAAGGGAAACUUCGACCAGAUAGCGGUGGACAUGGACGACAGAGCGAGAUGGUACCGGGAGAUUUAUGAGAUCUUUGACGUGACACUGGUGCCACCACGUCAGUUUAUCUGCCACGAUUUGGCACCGUACCACGAACCGAAGCCCGAUUCACCUGACCAGGUGUUCGAGUACAAGGACUUCCUGAGCUACCUGGGCGUCCUGCAAACUCUGCCUUUGGACACCUUGCAGCUCCUCGAAAAGCCCCUCUGAUGGUCCAAAUGUCAUCGAUUCCUCGACGGCUACAUCGUCGCUCCUCCUCAUCCUUCUCCUCUGCCCGACGACCUUGAUGAUGAUGAUGAUGAUGAUGUGGCUGUGCAAGAUGACAGCGAUCGUGCUGCGUGGCAGUAACAGCAAAUUUGCAUUACCUGGGCAGGUGUGUUCCUGCUUCCACUUCCCCAAAUGAGCUUAAUGCCAGUCGCGUUUAAACGAGGGCUGAAUGAAAAGUUUGUAGUUUGACAAACAAGCACAUUUUAGCACAUUUUUUAAAUGUUUAAUAAAAUGUCCCAUGAAUUUUAA